AUGGCGUCGAGUUCGGACGAGGGCGAGAUCAUCGAGAAUGACUCUGGGGAUUUGAAGGCAACUUCACUGCCGAAGAAGUUUGAGGGAAACGGUGUUGACCGUCAAGACAGAACACGAGAUAGAUACUCGGCCUCCAAAUCUCCCGAAUACGACCCCCAUGCCGCCUCCUCCAGAAACAACAACCACAGUUACUCCUCGUCAUCGAGACGGAGCCGGUCGCCCCGCGGGUUCAAGCGAUCCCGCGACGACCGUGAAUACGCCGGCGGAGGUCCAGGCGGGCGACAGGACACGCGCCGCUUUCGCGUUCAUUACGAGGACGGCCAACGGGAUGACUAUCGCCGCACCCGCGUUUCCUACGAAGACUUGGACCGCCCGGUCUCGCGCGGCUCGAAUCACAGCUACGACGGGCGCGAUAGAGAACGGAGCCGUGACAGAGACAGAGACAGAUACAGGGAAAGAGAAAGGGAUCGUGGCCACGAGAGGGACAGGUAUCCGGACAAGAGAGCACGUAACCGUACCAGAUCCCCCUACCGGCCUCCGCGCGGCGACCGAGGUCGGGACGAUCGUCAUGCCAGAGACGGCGGACGCGACCGUCUCAGCGAUUCGUUCCGCGGAUUGAAAUACGACGACCACAGAGACCGGGACGCCCGAAACGGAGACUCAAAGCCAAAUGGGGUCGCUGUAGGAAAGGACUCGCGUGCUUCUAACUCAGAUGCUAAACCUGUGAAAAACUCUGCAGAAGACCGGAACUCGUUUGCAGGCCCCUCGCAAAAUCAGCAAGCCCCGCAAGCAGAACCCGAGCCAGACUUUGAGGAGCCCAUGGUUAUCGAUGAGGAGGCUGAGAUCGAACGCCGACGCCGACGUCGGGAUGAGCUUCUUGCAAAAUCCAGCUCUGCUACUCCCCUACUUGUCCAUGCCCUGCAUGCGGCUGACAAGUCGGCGGUCUCCUCUCCGGCGCGGCAGAGCACGCCAGCAGGAGAUGUCGAUACCCCAGUCUCAGAAAUCGGAUCGCCAGCGCAAGACGGAAGCUCCCCUGGUGCUAUUGACGUCUUGAACGAGAAGGACCUCAUGAACACGCAUGGGGUCGGCAAGGCCAUAGAAGAAGAUGGUCCCUCGGCAGCAGACUAUGACCCUACGGUUGAUAUGAAGGAGGACGGGAUACGCGACGAAUUGCGGCACGGUAAUGUUGGCAUGCAUGGCGAAGCACUCGACCCGCAACCCGAAGCGAUUUCUCAGGAGCAGCCGGAAGAAGCCCCCGCCAAAAAGCCAUCUGGUGAUGAGGACGAUGAUGAUUUUGACAUGUUUGCUGAAGAAUUUGAUGAUGAGAAGUACACUGCCCCCAAACCUGCCAAGGUUGCCGUCGUAGACGAAAGCAAGGCUUCGCCUGCUCUCGCCCAGCCCAACGGGGCCUUCCUCGAGGGCGACGACAAGGACGGAUACUACAAGAUCCGUAUCGGUGAAAUCUUGAACGGCCGCUAUCAGGUCCAGUCAACUCUUGGCAAGGGUAUGUUCUCUGGCGUAGCGCGAGCGGUGGACAUAACGAACAAGAAACUGGUCGCCAUUAAGAUUAUGAGAAACAACGACGCCCUGAGAAAGGGAGGUUUCACCGAGAUUGCCAUCUUGCAGAAGCUCAAUGAUGCCGACCCCGAGAACCGCAAGCACAUUGUCAAGUUUGAGCGGCACUUCGACCACAAGGGACACCUGUGCAUGGCUUUCGAGAACCUCAGCCUCAACCUCCGAGAGGUACUGAGGAAGUUUGGCAACAACGUGGGAAUCAACCUGGGCGCGACACGUGCUUAUGCUCAUCAGAUUUUCAUUGGUCUUGCUCAUAUGCGGAAAUGCAGCAUCGUCCAUGCCGAUCUCAAGCCUGACAACAUUCUAGUCAACGAGAGCCGCAAUGUGUUGAAGAUUUGCGAUUUGGGUACAGGUAUCGACAAGUCUGACGCGGCCACGGCGCAUAAUGAGAUUACGCCAUACCUUGUCAGUCGAUUUUACAGAGCCCCUGAGGUCAUUCUCGGCAUUCCCUACGACUACGCCAUCGACAUGUGGUCCAUUGGCUGCACCUUGUACGAGCUGUACACCGGCAAGAUCCUCUUUGCUGGUGACAGCAACAAUCAGAUGCUCAAGGCCAUUAUGGAAAUUCGUGGCAAGAUCACACCUAAGCUGUACAAGAGAGGUCAGCUGGCACCGAUGCACUUUGACGAGCAAGGCAACUUCGUGAGCAUGGAGAGAGAUAAGGUGCUUGGAAAGGUACGUCGAUUUUCGUUUGCGUUUGCAGCUUUUCAUUGUUCCUUUGGUUUCCACGACACCCCCCGUUCCCCAUUUUCCCAACGUCUAUGCAUUUGCAUGUUUGUUUCAUGGCCCCUUCACGAGGCCGUAAUCCAAACGAGAUGCCACUCUCGCUGCGCCGCCGCCGUUUGGUCGGAGGCUGAGUGCGGCUGUAAGCGCUGGGGCGAGGCGCGGCUGCGCAUACGUAUGCAUACUCCACUCCAAAUCCGGGGCCGUCUACAAGGCCCGAGCGUCGCGGGAGUUCAGGAGCCAACACCUCCGAUGGCCGGGGGGCUGGGUGACGACAGUUACUACUUCAAGGCGAACUACUUCAGACUAUUCGGACUCGCAUGGCUUGCCUGCUGGUUGGUCCACAUCCAGAAAGGUCGAGACCAAAUCCUCCCAUGUUCGGAGGAUGCAUACGUGUCUGCAUGA